AUGAAUCUUAUUACAUUUACAUAUAAACAAAUCCUUUUUUAUAUAAUCUAUUUAUUUUAUUGGAUUAUUUAUCUUUUUACAUUUUAUAAUUGUUUUACAUAUAUAAAUCAUUUACCAGAAAUAAAAAUUUAUGAAAAUAUAACAAUUGGUCAAGUGAUUAUUAAAGAUAUACGUACAUUAAUUGGUAUAUCUAAAUCAAAUUAUAUUAAAUUAAGUCCAAGUUCAUUAACACAAUUUUUUCGUUUAGAUAAUAUAACUGGUAAUUUAUAUAGUAUAUCAUCAAUUGAUUUAGAAACAAGUCAUUUAUGUAAUACAGAAAAAUCAUGUUGUCGUAAUGAUCAAUAUGAACAAGUAUCUAAUGAAUUAGAUAUAUUAUAUUCAGAAGAAUUAUCUAAUGAAUUCAAUUAUAUAAAUGAUAAUAAACGAUUACAAUAUAAAUAUCAAUGUAUAUUAACAACUUUUAUAUUAGCUUCAACAGAUAAUGAUAUGCAAUUUUCUCCAAUUACUAAAUUACAUAUCAAUAUUAUGGAUUUAAAUGAUAAUCCACCACAAUUUAACAUGUUUUCAGAUUAUCAAUCAAAUAUAAUACAUUUAUCAUUUUUAGAAGGUCCAUUAGGUGUGAAUACAAAACAUGAUUUACCAAGAGCAUUUGAUGCAGAUUAUUCACCAAUAAAUCGUAUAAAAAAUUAUUGGAUUGAAUGGGAUGAUAUAAAUUAUGGAAUAAUUAAUAAUAUACAACAAUCUUCAUCUUUAUCUACAAUGACAUAUAAAAAUAAUGAAAUAUGGUCUAAACUUGGACCAUUUCGAUUAAUCUAUACAAAAUCUAUAGAAAAUUUAAUUAUUCAACUUGAUCAAGAAUUAGAUCGUGAAAAACAAUCAAUUUAUAAAUUACGUUUAAUUGCUCAAGAUGGUGGAGAUUUACGUGGAUCAAUACAAUUAAUAAUUGAAGUAGAUGAUGUAAAUGAAUUUUCACCAAUUUUUGUGGAUCCAAAUUAUGAUAAUAUAUUAAAAGAUCCACAUUUAUUUUCAUUACAUAAUAAUCAAGAAAUUUAUAAAAAACAAUAUAAAAUAAAAGAAUCAUUAGAGAUAGGUAGUCGUAUAGGACAAUUAAAAGCUAUUGAUUAUGAUUUAUUAAUGUCUAAUGAAACAAUUAAUCAAAUUACAUAUCAUUUUAGUUCAAAUCAAAUGAAUUGGGAUAUAACACGUAUAUUUCAUUUAGAUUCACAAUCGGGUAUAUUAACUUUAAAACAAUCAUUAGAUUAUGAAAAUGUUAAAAAUUAUCGUUUAACUAUAAUAGCUAAAGAUGGUCCAAUAAUAGAGAAUAAUAAAGAUACUAAUAAAUUAUAUUUUCCAAUCACAUCAACAAUAAAAAAAUCAUCACAAAUAAUUUAUUCUUCUACAGCUUUAAUUGAUAUAAUUGUCCUGGAUGUAAAUGAUAAUCCACCAAUUAUAUUAUUUGAAAAUGAUCAUAUUUUAGAGAAUAAAUAUAAAAAAAUAAUCAAUUCAAAUAAUGACUUAGUUACAAUGAAUAAACCAUAUGAAAUAUGGAUUAAAGAAAAUAUACCAAAAAAUACACCAAUUAUAUUUUUUAAUGUAAUUGAUUAUGAUACUGGUCAAAAUAGUGAUAUAACAUGUCAAUUAUUAAAUUCAACUGAUAUAUUUAAUAUACAUAAAUUAUCUGAUUUAUAUAGAAUUGAAACACAAAUAUUAUUAGAUCGUGAAUUAAUUGAUCAAUAUACUAUUAUUAUACAAUGUAAUGAUAUGGGUGAACCAAUAUUAUCUAAUAAAAAAUCAAUAAUUAUUCAUUUAAUUGAUGUUAAUGAUUCACCACCUAGUUUUCCAUUUAAUAUUUAUCAUUAUCAUGUAUUUGAAAAUAGUGAUCCUGGUACACCAGUUCAACCAAUGAAUAAUAUAUAUCCAAUAAAUCAUUUAGCUAUUGAUCCUGAUUUAAAUAGUACACUUAUUUAUCGUUUAGAAUCAAUUGAUAUAUUAAAAAAUCAAUCAACUAAUAAUGAUAAUAAUAAUAAUAAUAAUAAUUAUAUAAUUCAAUCAUCAUUAGAUUAUCAAUUAUUUAAAAUUGAUCCAAUCAAUGGUCAAAUAUUUACACAAGGUGAAUUAGAUCGUGAAAAAAAAUCAUCAUUAGAAUUUUCUAUAUGUGUUGAUGAUAGUUUAUAUUUUAGUUGUACAAAAGUUUUAAUUGAUUUAGAUGAUAUUAAUGAUAAUCCACCAUAUUUUGAAUUAGAUACAUAUAUUAUUCAUUUAGAAGAAAAUAAACAAUAUUAUAAACCAAUUAUUAUAUUUAAUGUAUUUGAUUUAGAUUUAAAUAAUAAUGGUUUUAAAUUUAAUAUUCUAAUUGAUUCAAAUAAACCGCAAAAAAGUUUUUCAAAUGAAAAUAAUUCAUUAAAACAAAUAAAUCAAAUUGAAAAUUUAACUAAUUCACAAUUUUAUAAAUCAAUAAAUUAUAAUGAAAAUUUAAUUACAAAAUAUUUUAUAUUAAAAGAUAAUGGUUUAUAUUUACAAGGUGUUUUAGAUAGAGAAGAAUGUGCAAAUUAUCAUUUCUAUAUACAAGUACAAGAUAUACAUAAUGAAUUAUAUAAUUAUACACAAUAUAAUUUAACAAGUCAAACAGAAAUAUUUAUUCAUAUAAUUGAUAUAAAUGAUAAUAUACCAAUAUUUAUAUUUCCUAAUGUUACAACAAUAGCUGGUAAUCGAUUAAUUAUAUCAUGUCAUGAAAUGAUUGGUAGUUCCAUUGGUCAUAUACAAGGAUAUGAUCCAGAUCUUGGUAUAAAUGGUACAAUUAUUUAUAAUUUAAUCAUGACAACAUCAUAUAUAAAACAAUCAUUAUUUCAUUUAGAUAAUAAUUCUGGUGAAUUAUUUGUUAAUACAGAUCAAUUAAUUGAAUAUUGUGGUAAAAUUAUUACAUUAAUUAUAACAAUUGAUGAUCAAGGUCCACAAAUAAGUAAAAUUGGUAGACAUUCAUCAAUGGAACGUUUAAUUAUUCAAUUAGAUGAUAUACCAAUAAAAAUUAAAUCAGUAGAAUAUAAUCAACAAUUAAAACAAAAAUGGCGAAUUCAUUCGAAUAGUAGAUCAGAUACAAAUUUAUUGAUUAAUAAUAAUAUGAAUAUGAAUAGUACAUUUACAGCUAAAACUAUUCUUAGUAUUACAUUAGGAAGUUCAACUAUAUUUUUAAUUGGUUUAUUAAUUACAUCAAUUAUUUUAAUGAUUUAUAAUAAAUCAAAACGUAGAAAAUCAUUUUUAACUUUAAAAAAACUACAUUUAAAAGAUAAUACUAUUUACAGUCAACAUAGUAACAAUGGUAAUAAUAAUAAUAAUACAACAAAUGAAGAUUUAAUUUGUAGUGAUUGUAAACAAGGCGGAUUAAAUAAAAUAUUAUUUCCUACUAAUAAUAGUUAUGAUAAUGAUAAUAAUAAUAAUAAUAAUAAUAAUAAUAAUCAACAUUCAAAUGAAUAUAUAACUUCUAUGUUGAAACCGAAGUCAAUCUGUGAAGAUGAAUUUUCUUCUGGUGCUGUUGCUGCUGCUGUUGAUAAUAAUGAUGACAAUGUUCACCAACAUCAUCAUCAUUAUCAUCAUCAUACUGAACAGGGUAAUGCUCGAAUUCAUUCACAUUUAUAUAAUCCACAUACAACUUAUACUUCUAUUGGAUUACAUCAUUGUACUCAUGAUUCAAACAGUGUAAAUAUUCCACGAUUAAAAGAUAGCAGUAAUAAUAAUAAUGAUAAUAAACAUUAUACAUUUUAUUCAGGUGCUCAUCCGCCUAGUUUUAUUUUAGCUACACAUUGUUUAGGUCAAUCAUCAUCAUUGUUAUCUACUCCAUCAUUAUCACCAUUACAACAAAAGAAAAAACAAUUACAAACUUCAUCAUCAUCACCAAUUGGUAUAGAUUGUAGGCAAAGUUGUAAUGGAGAUCAAUCAAAGUAUAAUUCUAAUCUUAUUAUUGAUCAUAGAAAUAAUUGUAUGAUAACACCAGGUUGUUUUAUAUCGAAUUGUGCUGAAACAGAAUUACCUACAUUAAAAACCUUCAUACAACAAGAACAACAGCAACAAAAUGAUCGAAUACCGCCAAUCCCAGUAAAAUUAAAUAUCCAAUCACACUGUGACAAUUCACAACAUCAAUUUGAUAAUAAUCAGGGAAGAUUGAAUGAAAGUCAGCAAAUAUUUGAAGACAAUGAUAAAUACAAUAAUACACAAGAUUAUCAACGGAUAAAUAAAUGUGGUUAUGAAAAACCUCCUCUAGGUAGGCCAUCAUCCAGAUCCCUACUGAAUAUUAGUAAUAACAAUAACAAUAGUAAUAAUAAUACUUCUCAAAUUACACACAGGACACAAAAUUUUCAUGAAAAAUCCAGUCCUAUCAAACGAACACCAAAAAAUGUCAGUUUUAUACCAUCUAUGCCAUGUUUUGAUAAUUAUCCUUUAAAAAAGACACUAGAUAAUAAUAGUAAUAAUAAUGAACAUCUUAUCAAUAGUUCUGUACUAAAAUCGGCAUCUGGAAACUAUGAAAUCUGUGAUCGUCAACAUCUUUAUCAAUUUAAAUCACAUCCAAAUAUUUCAGCUUAUACUACUGAUACCACAAUAGAUGAUCUACAUUUAAAUGAUACAAAAAAUAUUUCAUUAAUUAAUCAAUCUAUAAAUCCACAAUUAUCGAUUUAUAAUAAGAGAAAUUUUCUUUAUAAACAAAAUCAAUUGCCUCCACAACCACCACCACCACCACCUCCUCCUCCUACUCUGCCACCAUUCCCACAUCGAUUUUUAACACCACCAUGUACAAGAAAAUUAUCAAUACAAUCAAAUUGUAAUUUAAAAUCAUUACUAGGGAAUAAUAGAAAUGAUACUUAUACAAUGUUUUCAAAAGAAAAACAAUGCUGUAAUUGUACAUUAUCAAAUAUGAAUAAGCUACCUAAUUCAUCAAAAUUUACAGACCUAAACCUAUUAUUUCAAACAGAAAAUCAAAAUACUAUCAGUAAUAAUGAUAUUGAUUCUACUAAUAUGAAUAUAAUUGACCAUAUCAAUCAAGAAAGAAAUAUUGAUAUUCAUGGUAACAUCAAAGAAGCAUCAAACUUUUCAUGCUGUGAUUAUAUGAGUAAUUAUGAAACAGAAAUAUGUUCACAAUGUCAAUUAAUUAAUUUAAGAAAUAGUCCAACACCUCCUAUUCAUGAAAUUAUAUCACAGUCAUCAACUAUUGAUAGAAAAAAUUCAUUAAAUGAUUGUUCUAUUAUAACUACAUGUAAUACUGAUCCAAUUCAUACUACUCAUUCAAUUAUUAGUAGUGAUUCAUUAUAUUGUACAAAUAAUAAUUGUCCAUUGUUUAAUGGACAUAAUGAAUAUAUGCAUCAUUUAAACUAUUCAACAAAUUCUUUAACAACUAUACGAGAUAUGUUUAAUUCAUGUGUAUAAUAUACGUUUUACAUGAUUGGAAAUGUUGAAUUCAUUUAAAGAAGUUAUAUUAUUGAAUAUACUUGUCUACUCCAGGUAUUCAUCAUGACUGUAUAUGUUCAUGGAGAAAUAACAAACCGUGACAGGAAUUUGGCACAGUUAUAUAUAUCUAAAUAUAAAUUCAAAACGAAAGUUAUUGAAUAGGUGCCUUGAGAAAUUCAUAUAUGUAUUCAUAUACUACUUAAAAAGAAACAUAUUACAGUAAAUAUUUGUGAAAUUUCACGUAUUUGUUUAUAUAGAAUUUACUUUGAAAGAAAGAGUAUUUUUGAUAUUUUACUCCUUUCAGAGUUUCUGAAUUCUGCUGAGUUGUUUAUGG